AUAACUGUCGAAAUAGUGGUUCAUUUUCGUGCGGUACAAGCUUUGAAGAUAGUUUGUCUAUGGAAAAACAAUUUUAUCUGUCAACACGAUUUAUGUGUCCUUUGUUUCCAAAAGCUUUGAACAAAUUUGAUAUCUCAAUCUUGUUAAUAAAGAAAUGUUGUUAAAAUGAGACAAAAAAUUUAAAAGAUCUGUUCUUGUUAAUUGCACAAAGCCACAAACCUUGCUUCUUCCUCCUCCCAUGUCUCGAAAUCAUCUCAACGUCUCGCUUCUUUGCAAUCUGGCAUUUCUGUGAAAAUCUACUCCAUUAGAGACCCGAAGAUCAUCACAUGGGUCUCUGUUUCUCUUCUCCUAAAGCCACCAGACGUGGCACCAGUCGCCGGAACCCUAAUCUUCAUUCUCCGACGCAGGGGAAGGCUAGUAAUAAAAACAAGAAGAAGACAAAGAAGAGCAAGAACAAGAUCCAAUGGAGGCACGGGGGAGGGAUACCGUACGGUAAGCGCAUCGAUUUUGGUUACGCUAAGGAUUUCGAUAAUCGAUACAUCAUCGGGAGAUUGCUCGGACACGGCCAGUUUGGCUUUACCUAUGUCGCCACCGAUAACAACAACGGCAAUCGCGUCGCAGUCAAGAGAAUCGAGAAGGCCAAGAUGACUCAACCGAUUGAAGUGGAAGAUGUGAAGCGAGAGGUGAAGAUACUACAAGCUUUAGGUGGGCAUGAGAAUGUGGUUGGCUUUCACAAUGCAUUUGAGGACAACAACUAUAUUUACAUAGUCAUGGAGUUAUGUGAAGGUGGUGAAUUGCUAGAUCGAAUACUAGCUAAGAAAGAUAGCCGUUACACCGAGAAAGAUGCAGCGGUUGUGGUGAGACAAAUGCUGAAAGUUGCAGCUGAGUGUCAUUUACGAGGUCUAGUGCACCGCGACAUGAAGCCAGAGAAUUUUCUGUUCAAAUCAACCGAAGAAGGUUCGUCUCUAAAGGCUACAGAUUUUGGUUUGUCAGACUUCAUAAAGCCAGGAAUGAAAUUUCAGGAUAUAGUAGGAAGCGCAUACUACGUCGCACCUGAAGUGUUGAAACGUAGGUCAGGACCUGAAUCAGACGUUUGGAGUAUUGGUGUCAUCACUUACAUUCUUCUCUGCGGGAGAAGACCCUUCUGGGAUAAGACUCAAGACGGAAUAUUCAAUGAGGUCAUGAGAAAAAAACCUGAUUUCAGAGAAGUCCCAUGGCCAACCAUCAGCAACGGUGCCAAAGAUUUCGUGAAGAAGUUGUUAGUUAAGGAGCCGCGGGCACGGUUAACAGCAGCUCAAGCGCUAUGUGCGUGGUUCUUCAUAUGCAAAUGCCAUAUAUUUCCACUGUUUUUUUGGUUAUAUUUACUUAACUUCUGGAUUUGGUUUGUAGCACAUCCAUGGGUGAAAGAAGGAGGUGAGGCCUCAGAGGUUCCAAUAGACAUAUCUGUUCUUAACAAUAUGCGUCAGUUUGUGAAAUUUAGCCGCCUUAAGCAGAUUGCUCUGAGGGCUCUGGCGACAACAAUUGAUGAGGAUGAGCUGGAUGAUCUCAGAGACCAGUUUGAUGCGAUUGACAUUGACAAGAACGGUUCGAUAAGCCUUGAAGAGAUGAGGCAGGCUCUUGCGAAAGAUGUUCCUUGGAAACUGAAGGAUGCAAGAGUUGCAGAGAUUCUUCAAGCGAUUGAUAGCAACACUGAUGGAUUGGUGGAUUUCACUGAGUUUGUGGUGGCUGCUUUGCACGUGAACCAAUUGGAGGAGCAUGACUCUGAGAAGUGGCAACAGAGGUCAAGAGCAGCAUUUGACAAGUUUGACAUAGACGGAGAUGGGUUUAUAACUCCCGAGGAACUUAGAUUGCAAACGGGUUUGAAAGGCUCCAUCGAACCCCUUCUUGAAGAAGCCGACAUUGAUAAAGAUGGGAGAAUCAGCAUCAAUGAGUUUCGCAGACUUUUGAGAAGUGCAAGCCUCAAGUCAAGAAAUGUUAAAAGCCCUCCUGGUUACCAGCUUUCACAAAAGAUGUAAAUUACUUCACAAAUCACCAAGUCCACAAACUCUGAUCUCCCAUGUACUCAACACGUUAUUUGUCACUUGUCGCUCUUAGAUCAAGAAAAUGGUAUAGAGGCUAGUGGAAUUGUAUAAAGGAUACUGAGAACACCCAUCUGGUCGCAAGGUUAGGAAAUGUUUCUCACGUCUUAUAACAUUGGUCCAAUACAAUAGUUCAGUUGCAAAGAGAUACACGCAAAAAUGCUUUUGUGUUUUAUUUGCUUGUGAUAAUAAUACAUAGUUAAUCAUGGGGAUAAUCUACAACAA